AGAAGCACCACCUCAGAUUUAGAACCCAGGCACUCUUAUCCCUUUGCCUGCCAUCCGACCAUGAAGGCAUUCAGUCUUGUGGCCACGCUGCUGCUUAUAACUUUGCAAUGCCGCAUAACAUCUGCAGAAGUCGUUGAUCUGACACCAGAGUCUUUUGCAACCCUGGCAUCUACCGGAACAUGGUUCGUAGAGCACUUCGCACCCUGGUGUGGGCACUGCCAGCGAUUUGCUCCAGUCUGGACUCAACUGGGAGAUGACUACGCUAACCUGAAGGAUUCCAAAAACUUUCACAUUGCCAAAAUUGACUGUACAGUGUAUGGCGACCUUUGCAACGAUCAUCAUGUUAAAGGAUAUCCUACUGUACAAUUGUAUGUCAACGGCGAGUUCAUAGAGGACUAUGCAGGCUCUCGCGAUUUGGACACAGUGGCAGCCUACAUUGUCAAAGUGGCAGAAGAGCACGCACCUGCCGUUGCUAAUCUGCCUAGACCAAAGUCCCUCCCUGUUCCCGCCAAUCCAGACGGUAAAGUCAUUCAGCUAACACCUGCUUCCUACGAAUCCAAAGUGGUAGGAAGUGACAAGCAAUGGUUCAUCCAAAUGUAUACGCCAUGGUGUCGGUAUUGUAAGGAGAUGUCAUCCGCUUGGACUGAGCUGGCCUCCUCAUUAAAGGAUAAGAUCAACGUUGCUUCCAUCAAUUGCGAAGCCGGCAGUGAUGCCAAGGCUUUUUGCAUGAAACAUAAGAUUACAGGUUACCCAACUCUUCAAUUUGUUUCUGGAGAUCAGACCAGUGAAUACAAAGGCGCUCGGGAAGUUGACAAUAUGCUUCAAUUUACCAAGAAAUACAAUAGCGAACUUCAAGAAAUUACGGGUGCCCAACUGACAUCCAUCCAACAAGAUGAUUCAGUUGCCUUCAUUCAUCUCUACAACGAAGACUCUAAAGCAAGCUUGGAGUUGAUUGCUGCUGUAUCAAAGGCUUUUGUCCAAGAUGUUCCUUUCUACAUCACAGCUGACCCGAUCUCCAUACGCCAUCUUGGCUAUGAAAUAGGCGAGCUGCCAGCCUCCAUCAUCCUUAAAGGAAAGCACAAGUUUGUGCAUGCCUCCAACAACUAUGACAACACGCCUGAGAAUAGAAGAGCCGUACAGACGUGGGUACAGAAGGAAAAGUUCCCGAUUGUCAAUGAGAUCGGCCUGAACAAUGCCGAAGAAAUUCUAAAGAGCGACCAUCUAGUGGCGUUUGCUCUCUUCAAUGGAGAUAAAGAUUUGAACAGCCAAAAGAAGGAGUUCAAGACCAUGACAGAGGCUUGGUUGGACAAGGGCAACAAGAACAGUAACAUUCUUUUCGCCUGGCUCGAUGGUGUCAAGUGGAGUGACUAUGUCAACAAGGUCUUUGGCAUCAAGAAAUCUGACCUUCCCCGCAUCGUUAUUGCCGAUGCAAAGGUAAGAUUUCGGGCGAGCGAAGUGGGUUAAAUAGCGUCGGCAACUGACUUAUAGCCCCCAUUUGUACAGAAUGCACGCUUUUAUCCAAAGGAUGUUGAUGGCAGGAUGUUAACGAUGAAUGAACCACAAAACGUGCUGAAGUCCAUCGUCGAAG